AGCAUCUAAAAAAAAAGCCCACUAACAAAUUUUUCUGGCCCCCUAGGUGUUGGUAGGCUGGUAGCUACUAACUCCACUUGCUUUAUCCAGUCGUUUUUGCUCCGCCGUGCACCACCAUCGCCCACCCUUAUCCCCUUUUCCACCACCAUGGCAUCCAUAUCUCCACCACCAACUUUCCCAUUUUCCGAUCACAAGCUCACUUUCACAGCAACCCCUAUCCACUCUUCAUUCAAUUUGUCGACUACAAAUACAUUAUUCUCCAAAACUUUCAACCCCCCAAUAAUAAAUAAUAUUAUCUGCAGAUGCCAAAAUAAUAAUAACAAUAAUAAUAAUAUUAAUAAUAAUAAAAAGGAUGAUGAAGACCCUAAUAAUAAUAAUGGAUGGGAUUAUUUGUUGAAAGAAAAUGUUGAUAAUGUUGUUAAAUGGUUUAAUCAGUUUAUAUCUACUGAUAAAUAUAGUGAAAAUGCUUUCGAAAAAGGCGAAUAUUCGAAUAACGAUAAGGAUAGUGGUGAUGAGGAAGUUAAGGAAGAUUGGAAUUGGGAAAGAUGGACCAAACAUUUCAAUGAGAUUGAUGAACAAGAACGAAUUGUUUCUAUUCUUAAGUCACAACUAAGUCGUGCUGUUGUUAAAGAGGACUAUGAAGAUGCUGCAAGGAUUAAGGUUGCAAUUGCAGCAGCUUCAACUAAUGACAUUGUUGGCAGGGUAAUGUCUCAGUUGAAGAAAGCCAUAAAGGAAGAGCGUUACAAAGAUGCAGCAUUUGUACGAGAUUACGCUAAUGCAGGUUUGGUCGGUUGGUGGGCUGGAUUUUCAGAUGAUAGUAAGGACCCUUAUGGUCGGAUCAUUCGUAUAAGUGCAGAGCAUGGAAGGUACCUUGCAAGAAGUUAUAGUCCCAGGCAGCUUGCCAAGGCUACAGAUGGUGCCCCAUUGUUUGAGCUAUUCAUUACAAUGGACGAGAAAGGAGAUUAUAGACAGCAGGCUGUAUAUCUGAAACGGGUUGAGGGUCCUCAAGAUUUUCCGAUUGCUUCCUCCUUGUCACCAAGUCUUAUUACCAAAUUGGGUACUGUAGACUCUAUAGGUGACAAAGAUGAUAUACUUGCAAAAGAUAGUGAAGAUGCAGAUGGUGAUGAUUCGGCUGAGGAAUUUGGUUUUGAAAACAUUUUGAGAGAUAUGAUUCCUGGUGCAAAAGACGUGAAAAUUAAGGUGAUGAAUGUGACAUCACCGGAAAAAAUAGAUAGGGAUUUUAUAUCAAAGGUGGUUGAACAGAUCAUGGAGGAAGAAGAUGUAGAUGAGGAUGAGGACGAUGAAGAAGAAGAGGAUGACACCGAUGAAGUCAAAGAUGAAACUGGUGUAGAACAAUAUGAUAUUGAUAUUGAUAUCGAUACUGAUAACACAAUAAUUGAUGGUGAAGUUAACAAUCAAAUUGCAGUUAAAGUGGUAGUUGGUGGUCUGGUACAAAAAGUAUCAAAUGAGACAUCACAUAAAGAUUUAAUUCGAGUUCCAGCUAAGCUUGAAAAGAAAAAUCCUUUGUCAUUCACUUUCUCUAUAGAAAAAGAAAGGGAACAGCUUUCUUCCAGCAAGGCACAAUCUUUGAAGGAAGAAGAUGCUAAGGUCCGAGGUAGCCGUAACAUAGACAGUGUCAUGCUCGAUCUUGCCAAGUCUAUUGGAAGAGGGAAGAUACCCAUGAAGGUGCUCAAAGAUGUGAACCAGUUGAUAAAUCUCAGCCUUAGUCAAGCCCAAAACCGUCAGCUAUUAUCUGGAUCUACAACAUUCAACCGAAUUGAGCUUCCAUCAACUCAGGAUCCUUUAAAUGGACUAUAUGUCGGAGCACAUGGAAUUUACAUUUCAGAGGUGAUUCAUUUAAAACGUAAAUUUGGGCAGUGGCAAGAGAAUGGUAACAUGAAAAAUCUUGAGUUUUAUGAGUAUGUAGAAGCUGUAAAGAUUACCGGAGAUCCUUAUGUUCCAGCUGGUCAGGUUGCAUUUCGUGCAAAAAUUGGAACUAAAUAUCAGCUGCCGCAUAGAGGCAUCAUCCCAGAAGAAUUUGGAGUGAUUGCUAGAUAUCGGGGACAAGGGAGGCUUGCAGACCCAGGAUUUAAAAAUCCUCGUUGGGUCGAUGGUGAACUUGUUAUUCUAGAUGGAAAGUACAUCAACGGAGGUCUUAUUGUUGGAUUUGUAUACUGGGCUCCUGAAUCCCAUUUCUUAGUUUUCUUUAAUCAGUUAAGGCUGAAGGAGUAGCUGACUAGCUGCUAUAUGUACAUGAAGUCUAACGAAUCUUUCAUAUUUGCUGGUUUAGGUUUUAUUGUCUCAGAUGAGUUGUGUUUCCAUGGAGUUCUAAGUGUGGAGCGGGAAGUGUAUACCCUCUUGCUGUUAAACUGCAAUCUUUCAUCAAUCAGCUGAAGAAUGUAAUUACGAGCUAUUUGAAGUGUUAGUGCAUCGGAUGCAAGUAUAGUAGUCUUCAGGCACACAAAAUUUUGGCCAAUGGAGAUCCGUUGUCUAGAAUAAGCUCCAUUACAGUAUCCCAAAUCCAAACUAGUCAGUCAUGAUAGAUCUUAUGUAAGUUGUGAAUAGAGGAAGUUCAAGUUUUUGUUUAUCCUUUACAUUUUAGUGCUUUGAAGAAUUUGUUUUAAAAGUAGCCCCAAAUGCUUGAGUUGAUAUGAUGAUCCUGGAGGAUUAGUGUUUCCUGGGUAGUAGCAACUCAAGUAUACAAUAUGUGGCAUGUGCAUUAGUUAAUUUUCUCUCUCUAUUGAUCUAUCAGCUGUCUUGUUGCUUACAUAUUUAGUAAUGCGAAACUUUGUUGUGUA